GUACUCCCAUAUUCCUUAAUAAGACCAAAUCUUUCAUGUUUCACUGAAUUUCGAUCUUUCCAUUUUGGGGGAGUGCUAAUUUUCACUGCUUCAUUCAAUAACUAUGGUGGUCGCUUCAUCUGAAUCUUUCCCGUCAAGAAAAAGACAGCCGUCGGCGGGAUCCAUCGCCGCCCAAAGCCUCUCCGACCGCCGGCUCCUACAGACGCUUCUCGCAAUUUCGCUGGAAAUCUCUUCGGCCCAGCCAAUUCGUUAUCUCAUGAAGAAAAACACUAGCUCGAUGAUCAGAAGGUCAAAGCUGAUGAGCGUUCUCUUCGAAGAGCUUCUCCGGUGUCCGGCGACGUCGUUCCAGCCGACGGCCGUGUUGUGCUUCGAAGAGCUGUACAUAGCUCUGCAGAGGGUGAAGGCGUUGAUGGAAAAUUGCCGGAGCUCGAGCAAGAUGUGGCUGCUGAUGCGGAUCGAGCCGAUCUCUAACUCCUUUCACGAACUCGCCGUCGAAUUGUCGACGGUGUUCGACAUUCUUCCGGCGAAGGAUUUGAGUUUAAGCGAAGAUUUGGUUGAGCUGAUCUGUCUCAUCCGGAAACAGAGCUCCGAGAAGGACGCUUACCUGGAUUCCGCCGAUAAAUCUCUCCUAGAAGACGUUCUUCGUGUCCUGGACGGAAUCAAGCAAAAAAUUCCCCCGGAGCUCCAAAAUCUCGCCGAGAUUUUCCAUAAAUUGACUCUCAUGGAUUCCACUAGUUGCAGAGAUGAGAUCGAAAGUUUGGAAGAAGAGAUUCAGACUCAAUCCGACGGCAAAUCGAAAUCCGAUAUCCUCGCCCUGAUCAGCCUGGUCCGCUACGCGAAAUGCGUCUUGUACGGCGCUUCUACGCCCAGAAACGACGGAAGGCGGCGGAAGACGACGGCGGACGUCACUGUCCCGGCGGACUUCCGGUGUCCGAUCUCUCUCGAUUUGAUGAGGGAGCCUGUGGUGGUGUCCACGGGACAAACGUACGACCGUUCCUCUAUCUCUCUUUGGAUCCAAUCCGGUCACAACACGUGUCCCAAGACGGGUCAAACAUUGACCGGCGGCCAGCUCAUUCCAAACGUGGCUUUGAAGAGGAUGAUAGCUAUGUGGUGCAGAGAACAGAAAAUCCAGUUUGACUUAACGGAGCCCCACGUUACAACUAACGGAGCCGUGACCAACAAGGCCGCGUGGGAGGCCACCAAGAUGACGGUGUCGUUUCUCGUCCACAACUUGAAGGCCUCCCGGUCGAUUGAAACGGCGAACCGGACGGUUCAUGAGCUUCGGGUUUUGGCAAAGACUGAUUCGGACAGCCGAGCCUGCAUCGCCGAAGCUGGAGCUCUGCCGUUGCUAGUCAAGCUCCUAGGCUCGGGGCACCCCAGCCUACAAGUUAACGCCGUCACGGCGAUUCUCAACCUCUCUAUCCUCGAUGCGAACAAGGAGAGGAUAAUGGAGACUGACGGAGUUCUUAACGGCGUGAUUGAGGUGCUGCGGUCCGGCGCCACCUGGGAGGCGAAGGGGAACGCGGCGGCCACCGUCUUCAGCCUGACCGGCGUUAGCGCGUACAGGAAGUGCCUGGGGAGGAAGACGCGCGUCGUGAAGGGAUUGAUCGCCCUGGCGCGUGAGGGUCCCACGGAUUCCAAGCGGGACGCCAUGGUGGCAAUUUUGAAUUUGGGCCCCCUGUCCCUCCGCCACCCUUUCGACUAUCUUCCUCCGCACCACCUCUACCGCCGCCUCCGUUACCUGCGCGACGGUCUCCUCCGACGCUGGAACGAGCUUCGUCACCACUUUUCCCCGCCUGACCGCCGACAGCGCCGCCGCAAGGGCCAGCAGUUCUCUGACUGCCCCAAUGACGCCCUCCCUUGCCUCUCCCAGCGUGAAAGUGCGGCAGCGACGCUGGUGAACAUGUGCCGGAAAGGAGGGUCAGAGGUGGCGGCGGAACUUGCGGCGGUGCAGGGAACGGAGCGGGUGAUUUGGGAAAUGAUGAGACAGGGGACGGGAAGAGGGCGGAGGAAGGCAGCGACAUUGUUGAGGAUACUAAGAAGAUGGGCAGCCGGCGGCGGCGUGAACGAGCAUUCAAAUGGCGCCACCACAAUAGUAUUGCCAGGGUAAACCUAACCUGCUUUGCAUUAUCAAUCAAUUGAAGAAAUUAUUCUUUUAAAUCUGAAAACUACCGUACAAAUUGAACCACACAAGCAAAAAUGUGCUAAGAAAUGUUCAAUCUUUGUCAACUGUACAAAAUUGUUACUGUAAUAUAAUGGUGUUCAAUAAAAUAGGAGAAACCCC